CUCAAUUUUAUCUAAUUGAAAACAAUGUGUUCGCCACUGCCUAAUUAGUAUCUAACAAUGUAAUUAGAUAUAAAAUCAUAAAUACGCUUUUCAUCGUUUUACAUUUUUCCAACUGUUGUAAAGGUAUAGACCAUGUUUAAAAAUUUUAUAAGUGAUUCGGAAUCCAUUGGCGCACUUCUAAAUGUACCCGUAUCAAUAAUAGCGAAAUCAAGAAGUUUUGUAACGACAAUUUUGACGUUAACUUUAUUGGCUUUUCUACUUGUAUGGUAUGUCCAGUACAUAUGGAGAAGACGGUAUCUAUAUUAUUAUUCCUGGAACAUACCAGGACCGUUUGCAUUUCCUUUUAUUGGAUGUACUUACUUAUUUUUAGCAGCAAAAACGGGUGAUAUAAUGGAUACUCUUAUAGACAUGCAAAAAAAAUACCCAGAAAUAGGUCAAAUGUGGUUCGGGCCAAAAUUGAUGUUCACUGUCAGCAAGCCGGAGCACAUUGAAAAAAUUUUAACAAGUCAAAAAGCUUUAGACAAGGACGAUCUUUACAAAUUUAUUUCUUGUGCCGUCGGAGAAGGCCUUCUGACAGCUAGAGGUCAAAAAUGGAAGAAACACAGAAAAGUAAUCAUGCCAGCUUUCAAUCAGAAAAUUUUGAAUAAUUUUCAAAAAAUAUUUGCCAGGCAGGGAGAAAUUUUCACAGAACACCUUCACAGACAAUCCGGUAAUAAGGAUCUAGAUUUAUUCAAAUUGCUCUCCAAUUGUACACUUGACAUUAUAUGUGGUAAGUAAAAAUAACCU